AUGUCCGGUCCAGGAGAACAACAGCCUCUCCUCACAGUCCCGUAUGGUGAGGAUGGUGCGCCCACAGAGCCGCCCAAGGGGACUUUAGACGUCUGGCGCGAGAACAUUUCGCGCAUUUUAGAGUCCCGGCCAUUCCAUACACUCAUUAUUACAUCGAUUGUGAUUGAUGCUACUUGUGUCCUCGCUGAUCUCGGAUUCACCGUUUUGUCCGAUUCUUGCACCCCGCUAGAUGAGGGCCCUGCAUGGCUCGAAGUUCUGGCCACCAUAUCCCUUGCCAUAACCACGCUCUUUCUUAUUGAAAUACCAGUUGCCCUCUGGACCUUUGGAAUCCGCUUCUACAACCCAUUCUCAGAUGUUCCGCAUUCGACUUUGCAUCUGUUUGAUGCCGCAAUUAUCAUCACGACUUUCAUACUCGAAUUUGUCCUCAAAGGACGCCAACGCGAAUUGGCUGGUCUGCUGAUCAUUCUUCGUUUGUGGCGGUUAGUAAAGCUUGUUGGAGGCAUUGCCGUAGGAGCUGCGGAACUAGGGGAAGAAACUGCAGAGGAACUCGAAGAGACCAAAAGGCAGCUCGAGGGCACCACAAUCGCACUCGCAAAGGCUCGCGAGGAAAAUCGCAAGUUACGGGGCCGGGUAGCCUGGUUGGAGACGGGCGGAUCCGAAGGAGCCGAGUUUUGA